AACCGCAGCAUGCAUCUACCACUCACGCUGUGACCUGCAGUUGUUUGAACGACUUGUUGAUGACUUAGAAAAGUCUUGAGACUUCAGAUCUCGAUAGGUCUUGCCUUUCGUCUCUAUAAAUGAGCAGGUCUGUGACUGAACUCAGCAACUUGGCAAGCAACAAGUACUCUCUUCAGAAAGAAUCGCAUUCUAAUUCUUUCACCUGAUCAAUGGCCUCUCGACAUGGGAGUAGUUUGCCUUCAAAAUGUCUGAGCUUAAAGUUCAUUCUAUGCAUUUGUGCUCUGACACUAAGAAUUGGGUUGACUGACGCUUGGACAGGGAUCUGUUUUGGGGAAGACGGGUCCGACAUCCCGAGCAGGACCCAGGUCGUUCAGAAGUUCCGAGAUCUGGGCAUCACCCACGUCCGCCUCUACCACACCUACCAGGGCACACUCCAAGCGUUCUCCAACAGCGGCAUUCAACUCACCGUGGGCAUAACGAACGAAGAUUUCGUCAAUGCCUUAUCAAGUGUGGGCUCUGCCAGAACCUGGGUCAACAGCAACAUCGUCCCUUAUGGCUCCAGUAACAUCGUCGCUGUGACGGUGGGAAACGAAGUCUUCUCUUCUUCGGUGGGGGACAAUGUGAAAAACGCACUGCUGCCUUCAAUGCAGAAUCUGAGAGAGGCGCUGAAUCAGGCAGGUAAGAGUGGGAUCAAGGUCACAACAGCUCACGCUUUCGACGUCGUCACGAACACCUUCCCCCCAUCCAACGGCCAGUUUGUUGACACCGGAAGGAUGCAGCCCUUGGUGAACUGGCUGGCCUCGGUAGGAUCGGACUUCAUCUGCAACAUCUACCCCUACUUCACAUACAUAUCAUCCAAUGGGCAAAUCACGUUGCAAUAUGGCCGUCUUGAGUCUGGCUCCGUCACAGAUUCAAACAAUGGCAGGAUAUAUACGAAUCUUCUCGCACAGCAGCUGGACGCAGUUUAUGCAGCUCUGGAAAGAUUGGGGCAGGGAAACAUGCGCGUGGUCGUUGGGGAGAUCGGCUGGCCCACUUCAGGAGGCACUGCCACCGAUACGAACAACGCUCGGAUUCACAACCAAAACCUGGUGAACUUAGCUCGCGGAGGAACGCCACUGAAGCCCAACUUGGAAAUUCAGGCUUACAUAUUUGCAAUGUUUGACGAGAAUCUGAAGCCUGCUGGCCUAGAGCGGAGCUGGGGAUUGUACAAUCCCAGCAACUUCCAAGCGAAGUAUACCAUCAAUUUCGGUUAAUAACACCGUAUCCGACGUUCAGGACGAUGUGAACAGAGUCAUGUACAGCGAAGCAAAUCAAGCCAUUAAUCAUACCAACACACGCCCGCAUGAGAUAUUAAUAAAGCGAACAUGCUUAGUCAAUGAAGCUAACUAGCUGCAUCAGAUGAGAUCAAGCUUAGAGAUGGAAGUGAAUAACAAGCUUUCAAGUGAAAUAAAAUCUCGAGAUCAUGAUUGAUCAUCUGAAAAAGAAGCU